UGAAGAAGUCACUUACCAAACCCCACCAGAAACCAACGAUACUCCCUCUUGGAUUAUUCGAUUUGACCAAGAAAAUAUUCUUGAAUCUAGAAAUUCUAGUGAUGAAGAAUUAGACUCAAACCACGAAUCAGAUAUUGACCUAGAUAACUUUCUCUAUACUGUCUCUGUCCAACCUCCUGUUGCCCCACCAUCUUCACCUCCUAUAUAUCAACCUCUUGUU